AUGGCUGGCGGUUAUACAAUUCUAGGUAAACAUAUUCCUUCUCAUCAAUUAGCUUUAACUACUUUUGGAUUAGUUUCUCUAUUGGUUAUUCCAAACCCAUUUAAAUCAACUAAAUUACCAGAACCAUCCAUUAAUGCUUCCAAUAAAGAAGAAGAAGCUUUUGUUAAGAGCUACAUCAAGUCUAAAAACGAGGCUAUCCAAAAGAAAUAA